AUGCCAAUUGACUCGGCGACUUCAGCUCUGAAUCUCUCGUUCUCUCCUACAACCUCUGCUACGGGAGUUAUAAUCCCUCAAAGCCGUUCUUUCACAGUAUCGGUAAACCCAGUAGUGCUGUUUUCUAUUCUCGAUCAUUUUCUUCGAAGACAAGAAAAUCAACACCGAGUCAUUGGCACUUUGCUAGGUGUUAGAAGUGAAGACGGGAGUGAAGUUGAAGUUCGAAAUUGCUUCCCUGUCCCUCACGAUGAAACCCAAAAUCAGGUUGCCGUAGACAUGGAAUACCACCACAACAUGUUUGAACUUCAUAAAAAAGUUAACGCAAAAGAAGUGAUUGUUGGGUGGUAUGCUACUGGCUCUAAUCUCAAUCAGUGGAAUGCUCUUAUUCAAGAUUUUUACUCAAAAGAAGUAUUUCCACCGUUUCAAGCAAUUCAUUUGACAAUGGACACCGACCUGAAAAAUGAAGAAAAACUACUGGGUGUCAAAACCUAUGUUAGUGCACCUAUUGGAAUUUCUGCUAAGCCAGAAAAUUGUCUAUUUUUGCCUGUUCCAUGUGAUGUUAAAUAUUUUGAUGCGGAACGGAGUGGACUUGACCUGCUUGCUUCUGCAAAGGAUCGACCUGAUCGGUCUACUUCCUUAAUUUCUGAUAUGGAUCACCUUGAAAAAACGAUUUUAUCAGUUCAAGAGAUGUUAGAGAGAAUUACGGAUUAUGUGGACAAGGUCUUGAAUGGAAGUGUGCCAGCUGAUAACAAUAUUGGUCGUUUUCUAAUGGAUACAAUUUCAGUAGUGCCAAAGAUCGAUAAAACGGAAUUCGAAAAAAUGUUUAACAGCCACCUACAGGAUUUGUUGAUGGUCGUCUAUCUUGCCAAUAUGACUCGCACUCAACUUGCCAUUGCAGAAAGAUUACAACUUCUUACAUAA